UUGCACAUUCAGAAGAGAAAGCCGCCUAGCAAAUUCACCCCCACGUGGUCACUGACUGAUGCGACAGCAAAAUCCUUCGCUUGGCUCGAUCAGGACGUGGCAGAGGUCUUCUCUUUCCCUAUUCCGGUAACUACAGCUCCUGUUCCGGUGGAUGAGGCGGCAAGUACAUCUUCUAAAAUUGAAAUUUCAAACUAAAUUGAUUGUGGGCUAAGGGAGGACUUUGAGGCCUGCAGUGAUUUUGUAUCACGUCGGAGUUAGGGCUUUGGUUGAAGGGAUCGUUGAUGACAGCAACAAGGCAUCAUCUCAGAGGAUGGGAGUCAUCGGCAUCAUUGUUUUGACUCGAAUCUAGCCAACUCGGCAACUUGGUUGUACCGGAGUAUGUUCUCAGCUGUAGGGAGUUCCAAUUGUAAGGCCCAAAAUCCUUGUCGCAGUGGAGUGUCUAGGAUUUUCCUUGCGUGUUUCCACGAUGUUUGAAGGCCUGGUUAGGCAACUGAUAUUGGGUUAUUUAGGCCGAUAUAUCAAGGAUAUUCAAAAGGAGAAGCUGAAAAUCACCUUAUGGAAUGAAGAAGUAUUAUUUGAAGAUGUGGAGCUUAUACUCGAGGCUUUUGAUUAUCUUCAGUUGCCAUUUGCUUUGAAGCAAGGUCGUGUUGGCAAGUUGAGUAUUAAAAUUCCAUGGAAAAAGCUUGGCUGGGAUCCUGUCAUAAUCAGUUUAGAGGAUGUAUUAGUAUGUGCAUCUCAGCGAGAUGACAAAGAGUGGAGGAUGGAUGAAGUUGAGAGAAGAGAAUUUGCUGGGAAGAAGGCCAAACUUGCUGCUGCAGAACUUGCAAAAUUAUCAAGACGUGUAUGUGAUAGUCGGGCUGGAAACUCAUUUACUUCAUACAUUACGGCAAAGAUCCUUGACAGCAUUCAGUUGUCCAUCAGAAAUGUUCAUGUUCUUUAUCGUGAUAUGCUGACAUAUUCGGCAGUAACCGUGUUUGGUCUGAAGCUGUCAAGUUUGACAAUUACGAGGCAACUAGUUAGUGGGAAACUGAGAGAUGGGAGUGUCAACAAACUUGUUGAAGUUAAAGGAUUGGAGCUCUAUUGUAAUCCCUUCCAAAGUAGUCAUGAGGUGAUGAGAGACGAUGCAGUGGAUUCUAACAGUCAGGGCAGAGAAUUAGAAGCAAAUAAUGACAGAUGUAUUUUGGUCCCGCUAGAUGUAUCUUUGUCUCUUUCGGUGAACCGUUUAGGAAGGCUUGAGAGAGAUGUUCCUCAAUACUUCAUAAGUGUAGAGUCGAAUAAUGUGGUUGUUUCACUGGAUGAGAUUCAAAUACAACAAAUCUUGAGCAUUUGUGAUUAUUUUCUGACAUGUCAAUUGAGAGAGAAGUAUGGACGAUUUCGUCCUUGGUGGAGUCCUUUAGGUAAAAAGAUUAAAGGCUGGCAAAUAGCAUGGUGGAAGUAUGCACAACAAUCUGUUUUACUGGAUGUUCAACAGAGGUUGAGGAGAACUUCUUGGAAGUACCUCGGAGAGAGGCUAAAUUGCCGCCGGAAAUAUGUGAACUUGUACAAGAUAAAACUGAAAUGCCUUCGACAAGAUCAGGUGAUUGAUGUGGAUGUUCUUCAAAUGCUUGAGGAAAUAGAGAAAAAAUCUGAAGUGAAUGACAUCCUAAAUUACAGGUCUACAGCUGAACGUGAGUUACAGGAUAUUUUGUUGAAUUCAUCUUCGAGUAAUGUAAUCAACAUUGUCAAUAAUGUUAAACCUCUGGACGAUGAGCAAAUAUCCAGCAAGCCUCGUGGAUGGUUAAAUUGGCUAUCGCGCGGUAUGCUUGGUGCUGGAGGAACUGAUGAUUCUAGCCAAUUUUCUGGUUUGAUUUCUGAUGAUGUGGUCAAGGAUAUAUAUGAAGCUACAAAGUUCCAGCCUGUUCUAUCACCAAAUGAUGAUGCUCCUGCAGACAAUCAAAUCUAUUUCUCUUCAUUGCAGUUCCACAUCAAACAAGUUUCUGCUAAUAUACGGUGCAUGAAGCUGGGUUAUGCCAUUGCCAAUAUGGUACUUGAAGGGAUUUCUGUUGGGUGUGAGACGUGGGAGGAGGCCUCUAUUGUCAUUGCUGAAAUAAACUCGGCCCAGAUGCUUAAUCCAAUCAACAAACAAGUUGUUUUACGAACAAGGGUAAAUUCUGAUGGAGGCAAACCCAAAAUUCAAAAACCUUCUCUAAGUUUCCAACUUGACAUGUCACGUCUAAAACAAGAUGCUUCUUUAUCUGUAAAGGCCUCUGUUCAGCCACUUCACAUAACGUGUGAUUUAGAAUGUUUCAAGAAUAUUACGAGUCUUUCAUCCCUUUUGGAAAAGUCUUGUUCUCUGCAAGACAGGAUUCUGUCAUCCAUCAACAGAAUUCAAAAUAUGAAUGCACGACUUCGGACUAAAAUUGAGCACGUCUUAUCAAAUCGCAAGACUGUUACUUGGAAUGUCCAUAUAUUGGGUAUUACCAUGCUUGUUCCUAGUGGAAAUGCAAAUUCUGACAAGCCGAAAAUGGUACUGGAAGCAGGGGAGUUAACCUUUGGAUCAAAAGGUGACGUAGAUACUUUAUUAGCAUCGCCUCAUUGCAGUAGUAAUAUUGUCUUGGAUUGUCAGCUUCAAGAUCUCUAUGAUCACUUCGAGAUUAACAUUAGUGAUCUUGAGGUAAAACUUUUGACAUCAAAUUCCUCUAGAACAGUCCCCCUUCUGGAGAAAGUUAGUAUCAAUAUCAACUUGACGUUGUGCAUUAUUGCUGAUGAGUCAGAGUUGAAAAAUUAUGAGGUUGACAUAGAGGUUUCAUCGGUUCUUGCUCACUUUUCCCCGUCUCUAUACGGGGCAAUUAUGGAACUAAUUGCGGAUUUUGAUAUUUUGCGUUUAUCAUCAGACUCCUUACCCCCAACUACAGUUAAUGGAAGUGUGGUAUCUGCUUUUUUUUGGUUCUCCAUUGCUGCAAAUGUGAAAUCGAUUGGUUUCUUGAUUGACUUUGAAAGUGAUGUAGAAAAUGUGUGCAGUCUCAUGCUUUUGCUUCAGAUAUUAAAUAUUCGUUGCAGGUUUGAUGGGAGAGAGUCCUUGGAGGGAAGGGCCUCGGUGAAGGAAAUAAACAUCCAUGAUUAUGGUGGUAAAAGUGAAGGGAAAAGCCUUAUCUUUUGCUCAUCUCAGAGCUUGUCUGGAUCUGAUAAUGUCAGAAGCGGUCCUCAAAGUGGGUAUUCUGAUAAGAGAAAUAGUACCAAUGGUCUGUGCCUUCUGUUCCAUCAGAAAACCUGUGGGAAUUCAGGAUUCAUUGGUCAUAAAUGUAAAUUAAGUUUAAGUGGUCUUGAUAUUCACUGCCACCAUUUUCUGAUUGGAGUUUUGGUAGGAUUUAUUGAUAAAUUAUCUGAUAUCAAAUCUUCUCUUCAAGUUGCAAACAACCCUGUAGUGAAUGGCAAGAAUUGUGUUCCUACUUUUGUUUCCUUGCUUCAAAAUUCUGGUGUUACCAAAUUCAUUGAAACCUCCUUCUCUGAAUGGGCAACCGUUUCAUUGGAUCAGUUUCCUUUCAUCACCCUUAAAGAUACUGGUUCUUUUCUUAAUCUUGGAGGUUUCUCAAACAGUGAUACCCCCGAGUGGAGGAAGGGUCUCAAUUUAAGAGACUGGAAGGACAGAAAUCCCAAGGACGAUAUAGAUGAUAGAUCUAACGGUCUGCUCCCAUUUUCAGUUAAUUCUUCUUUUCAAGUUUAUGAUGCUAAAAAGGUGUAUUUCAUUGACUUGGAGCUCAGCAGCUGUAAAGUUCAUUUUCAUAAAUCCUCUUACAUAAUCGCAACUCUUCUGUUUCCAAAUGUCAAGUCUGCAUUGUGUAUUUGCGACGACUAUCUGGAUGUACUUUGCUCUAGUGAGGGGUUGGUACUUUCUUCUUUACAAUGGACUCAAAUGAUGCAGGAUUUCCUUUGGGGUCCCUUGAAGUCCACUUCCCCUCCAACUUUAAAGUUGCGUGUCACGAAAGAAAGUGUAAAGUCACCGUUGAAAAUGAGUUUCAGUAUCCAGAACGUGUCUUGUGUUUUACUGCCCGAGUUCCUUGCAGUAAUUAUUGGUUAUUUCACCUUACCUGAUUUGAGCUCUAGUCCAGGUGGGUUGCCUAUUACAGAAAGCUCCGACUCUAAUACUUCAAAAGGUAAUGUAUGCACUUCAUUUUUGUUUGAGGUACUGGACUGCAACUUAUUUGUACCGACGGGGAGCAGUGUAUCUCAAUUUCUGAAGCUUGAUAUACAACAGCUGUAUGCUAGUUUCACACAAAAUGGUGAAACAAAGUUUGUGCUGAAAGAUAUUCCUAUGGAGUGCUUGGUUACAGAAGAUGAAAUUGCUCACAGAAAUGAUUGCUUAAACUUAUUUGGCUAUGACUUAUCCCUAUCGUUGAUGCUAUUGGUAGAAGAAGCAGCUAAUUUAUCAGGUUCUUUUCAUGGCCCCACUUGGACUAAUAUCAUCUUGAUUGCGCUGUUUAGUGCUGAUGUAUGGGUGAGAUUACCAUCUCAAUGUGAAUGUUGUGAUGUCAUAUCCUGUUAUCCAAGUUGCAUUAUGACAAUAGUCAAGGAUUGUCAACUCAUUGCUGAAGGUGCAUCACUCGUGAUUGGAUAUGAAGCAAUGAUGGACGCCAUAGAUCAGUUUUCAUUGGUUUCUAAACAAGCCGAGGCAUUCAAAUCUGAUACCUUACAGUAUUUUCUACACAGAGAUGGAAAAGGAGAACAAGACGAUUCUCCACCUCAAGGCUCUCCUGAAAAUUUCAUGACAAUCCGAGCAUCUAUGAGGUCAAUGUCCAUAAAAUUGCGACAACAGAAAGGAGAAUCAAUUGCAUCUGAUCUCGUUGCAGAGGCUAAUAUGCAGUUCCUUUGUUCCGCCUCUUUAAAAAAUGAUGAGCUCUUAAGGCUGAAGAUCUCCUUCUCUUAUCUACAGAUAUACUCGCCUCUUAACUCUGUUUUGCUUGCUGAAUGCUGUUCUAACUCUGGCUCACCAGUUUUUGUGAUAUCCUUUUCAUUGUCUGAUCAGACUGAAAAUAUGCUUUCUGUUACUCUAUUUUUGCUAGAUGUUUGGAUACAUUUGUCUGACUGGAGUGCUAUCAUCAAUAUACUCCAGUCUUCCUCCACAAAACAACCCAAGACCAAUAUGGCAUAUGACCCUGAGGAUCCAUGUCCUAAUAUUUUAUCUACUGAUGUAAAUGUGAGGCAUGAUUCUAGAGUUCACUCUUUUGAAUUGGAAACUAUUGGUCUCCGAAUCCAUGUUCCUGCUUGGGUUAGAAAAGAUGCUUCUAACAUAUCAGAGUUGAAGCAGGGCGACAAGCACAUGAAUGAUUUACGGAACACGAUUUAUGGAAAUCGACAUGGCUUUUUCACUGUUGGCUUUCAAGCUAGGAAUAGUAAAUUGUGUUUCCUGGGUACCAUUAUGAGACUGAAACUUGAUCUAGAUAAAACCUGGGGUACAGUGGAGCUAGUAAAGGAUGUUAACACACGCUCAUGGCCCCUGUUUGAACUAUUUCAAGUGAACCUUGAUGCUGCCAUAUGCACAAGUUGCAGUGAGCAUAUACAUGGGAAGGUGGAUCUUCAGUGUCAAUGUCUGGAUGUGUGGCUGUCAGAUCACAUUCUUUAUUUCUGUCAAUUUGUGGAUUUUGAAGGUCCAGCAGCUGGGCCUUCUCAAUUUAGUUUCAGUCAAGUGAACUUUGAUGUCCAUCUUAGAAAGUUCUCUCUUCUUUUGGCUGAUGGAAAGUGGAGUUCAAGUGGACCAUUGCUGGAGUUACUCAUGACAAACUUGCUGCUUCACUCAACUGUAACUGGAAAUGAAAUGGAGGGUUUGGUGAAGUGUGAAGUCGAAGUGAACUAUAAUAACAUUGACAUGGUUUCAUGGGAGCCUUUCCUAGAGCCCUGGGAAAUCCAGCUAAGCAUAAGAAGGAAUGAUGACCGUUCCCUUCUGAGUAGUGACAUUACUAGCAAUCUUCAUAUCAAAUCGACAACUCAACUUAACUUGAAUCUUACUGAGUCCCUUAUUGAGGUUGUUUCUAGGACAAUCGAGAUGAUUAAAAAUGCAGGGGAUCUGGCGCAGAUGACUGGUCAUUCCGAAAUCGCAUCAUUCUUAAAUUCUCAGGAAAGUGAAAAUCUGGAUACCGGUAGUUCUCCUCCUUAUAUACUGCAAAAUUUGACUUCGUUGCCUUUAGAAUUUCAUGUCUAUCAACAGCGGCAGAGUGGUUGUAGCUUAGAAGUAUCCUCCAUGAAUAGUAGAAAGUAUUUACAACCAGGAUCUUCUAUUCCAGUUUAUGUUAGUGAAAGUUUUGAGGAUCAAAUUUUACGCUAUAGGCCGGCCCAAUCCUGUGAUCAACUUGGUGAAAAAAAAUCAGUGGAGCCAUCACAUCAUUAUAUCAUUGUUCAACUCGAGGGAACGUUGCUUCCUUCUGUUCCUAUUUCAAUGGAUCUUGUUGGGCUUAGAUACUUUGAAGUCAAUUUUUCCAAAUCAUCAAGGAAGUCUGAUGUUGAUACAAGUAAGAAUAUUCCAAACAGUAGUAUGAAUGAUGGAAAGAACAGCAAAAUUGAAGAAAAAAGUGGCUUUAUCAUUCCUGUAGUGAUUGAUGUGUCCAUACAGAGGUACACGAAGAUGGUGCGGGUGUACUCAACAGUAAUAGUAUCAAAUGCAACUUCUGUGCCUCUUGAAGUACGGUUUGACAUUCCAUUUGGUGUUUCUCCCAAGGUUCUGGACCCCAUUUACCCUGGUCAACAGGUUCCUCUUCCAUUACAUUUGGCUGAAGCAGGCCGUGUGAGAUGGCGUCCUCUUGGUAAUUCUUACUUGUGGAGUGAAGCCCACAGUAUUCCAAAUAUUCUUUCAAAUGAAAAUAGAAUCAGCUUUUUGCGCUCCUUUGUCUGCUACCCAUCUCAUCCGAGCAGCGACCCUUUCCGCUGCUGCAUAUCUGUGCAUGAUUGGUGUUUACCGUCAGCUGUAUCACAAGAAAAAGGUCUUUCUUUGUCCAACAAUAUUCUAACUCAUCCCUUUAAACCUCAUAAUAAUGCAACUUACAUGGUUAAGCCCGAGAAGAGGAAUGUGCAUCAGUUAACUUUAAGCAGCCCAUUAGUAUUGAAGAACUAUCUUCCGGAGACGGUAUCUGUGACGAUAGAAAAUGCUGGUGUUUGUCAUACUGCACCUGUGUCAGAGGUUGAAACUUCUUUCUUCCAUGUUGAUUCUUUACAUGACCUCAUGAUAACUUUUGAGAUGCACGGAUAUAAACCUUCAGCUGUGAAAUUUCCACGUGCUGAAACAUUUGGCGAAAUAGCCAAGUUCAGUGGAACGAGGUUCUCUUUGUCAGAGACUAUUAUUUUUGACCCUCAAUCAUCAGAUGGUCCUCUGUGUGUUGCAAUUGAGAAGGUGAUGGAUGCAUUUUGUGGAGCUCGUGAAAUAUGCAUUUCGGUUCCAUUUUUGCUAUUCAAUUGCACUGGUUUCCCCCUUGUUGUGUCUGAAUCUGUUAAUUGGACAAAAGGCCCUUUUAGUGUUAUUACUUCUUGCUAUGAUGUUGACGAGCAGGACCUGGUUCUCCACAAGAAAGAUGGCCUGGGCAUUUUUUCUUCUAAUCAAUAUAUGGAAACAGCUGCAAAUACCAACAGUCUGCCGGUAGCUCCAUUGAACAAUUACCUUGUUUCAAAGUCGUAUGACAGUAAAUUCUCUCAGGCGGAAUCGAUUGAUUUUGAUAAUUCCACAAAUUUUCACCGGGGUUCACAGAAGCAUGAUAUACAUGCUUCAAAAGCAUCGCUUCACCGAAGUAGGUCCUAUAAAAGCAGUCAAUCCAGCUUAAAGUCCUGUGGGUUAACAGAAGGAGAUGCUUGGAAGGUCAAUUGCCGGAUGUAUUCACCUAACCCAAGUUCGUCUUCUAGUGAAAUUAUGGUGAGACUCUGUAGAUAUGUACCAAAUUCCCCAAAGGAUGACAUUCCUAAUGAUUCUUGGUCUAGUGCUUUUGCACUUGUGCCACCUACGGGUUCUAGCAGUGUAGCAGUCCCAAAACCAUCUAGGAAAUCUGGUUAUGUAAUUUCUGUUGGCGCUGUUGCAGCACCUUUUUUUGAUAGGACAAGAAUUAUUACCUUUCAGCCGAGAUACGUAAUCAGUAAUGCAUGCAAUAAGGACUUGCAUUACAAGCAGAAAGGAACAGAUGAUGUUUUCACAUUGGAAUCUGGAAGGCAUUCUCAUAUUCAGUGGACAGAUACAUCGAGGGAGUUGCUAGUCUCUAUUCAAUUUGCUGAACCUGGAUGGCAAUGGUCUGGUUGCUUCUUGCCAGAACAUCUUGGUGAUACUCAGGUUAAAAUGCGAAAUUUUCUCUCUGGUGCUGUGAACAUGAUAUGUGUGGAAGUUCAGACUGCUGAUGUCUCAAUUAGAGAUGAUAAAAUCGUUGGCAGCCCUCAUGGUCAGUCGGGAACUAACCUGGUUCUUGUGUCAGAAGAUGAUACUGGCUUCAUGCCAUACCGUAUUGACAAUUUUUCCCAGGAGCGGCUACGUGUUUAUCAACAAAAGUGUGAAACUUUUGAAACUAUGGUCCAUUCCUACACUUCUUGCCCUUAUGCAUGGGACGAACCCUGCUAUCCACAUCGUCUCACUAUUGAGGUUCCGGGUGAACGUGUUAUAGGAUCAUAUGCAAUAGAUGACGUAAAGGACUAUGCACCCGUAUACCUACCUGCCACUCCUGAGAAGCCUCAAAGAACUCUGAUUGUUUCUGUCCACUCUGAGGGGGCAGUCAAGAUUCUGAGCAUCAUCGAUUCCAGUUACCAUCUAUUGGGUGGUUUGAAGGGCUCGCACAUCUGUCAGUCUAAAAAUAGAAAAAAACAGACAGUGAAGCAUGAAAGUUCCGCUGACUGCAAAGAUAGAAUAUUGGUGGACAUUCCCUAUGUUGGCAUCUCUCUAAUAAGUUCUACGCCAGAGGAACUAUUUUUCGCUUGUGCAAAAGACAUUACAGUUGAUUUCACGCAGAGUGUAGAUCAACAGAGAUUCUCCUUGCAAAUCACAUCCUUGCAAAUUGAUAACCAGUUAGCAUGUACACCUUACCCUGUCAUCUUGUCUUUUGAUGUUGAUAAGGGUAUUACUAGUGAAAUGAGGGCAGAAUGUUCUUUGGAGAGCUCACGGGAACCAGUUCUUUCAUUGGUGGUGACAAAGUGGAAGAAUCGAUAUCUAUCACUUGUUUCCUUCGAGCACAUAAGUCUAAGAGUGGCAGAUUGUCAUCUUGAACUUGAUCAGGAUGUAAUCUUGAGUUUGUUUGAUUUCAUUAAAACUUUAUCUUCAAGGUUGCAGAGCAGAGUGUUACAGCACUCUAAUUCAACAGACCAUCCUCUUUCUGAUUGUGUUUCUAUAAUGAACACCUCUAAUUCCAUAGAUUGGGCACCCAUGAAAUCAAAUGUGAAUGAAUGCUACUCAGUUAAUAUUCCUGUGUUUCAAGAAAACACCAGUAGGACCUCUUUGCUACCUUUGAUAGUCCCUAUUGGAGCCCCCUGGCAACAGAUUCACCUUCUAGCCAAAAAGCAGAAGAAGAUUUAUGUUGAGUUGUUUGAUGUGGCACCGAUCAAGUUGACUUUAAGUUUCUCCAGCAGUCCCUGGUUGCUUCGAAAUGGAGUGCUUACGUCUGGAGAAUCUCUUAUACAUAGGGGUCUUAUGGCACUUGCUGAUAUUGAGGGAGCACAAAUUCACCUUAAACAAGUAAUCAUUUCACAUCAGCUGGCUAGCUGGGAAUCCAUUCGAGAGAUACUUAUUGAGCAUUACACACGACAAUUUCUUCAUGAGAUGUACAAG